AUGGAGAAUCCAAACAUCCACAACGUUCCGUAUGUUCGCAGCCGCGAUCAAAAAAGAUGGAAAGGCCACGCCAAAAAGGUGAUCUCCAAAGCAGAAACAAGUGAAAGAAUGCGCAAAUGGCGUGCCGAAAAUAGAGACAAAAACAAACGCAACGAUCUUCGAUGCCGCGUUUAUCGUCUUGCACGACAGAAAUUUGGUGAGCAAGAUUCGCCAGAAAAGCAAACUUUUAUCCGAGAAGAGAUCGCAAGACGAUUAGGCAAGCGUAUGCUGAUGGAGCAACGGGAAAAAGAGCUGCAACAACAACGUCAACAGCGACAACAUGAAAAGCAGGAGCUGGAGCAGGAUCAGAGUGAGCAGAAACAAAAACAACGAAAACAAAAACAACAACAUCAUUUGUAUCAACAGCCACAACAAGAACCCACAAACCAAGAUUGGUCAUGUCACUCCACCACCAACACUUUGGUGGAAUUGCCGUUCUACAGUGCGCCUGGUCGAAAAAUUGAACUUCCUUCCAUUCGUUGUCAGUUUGACCGCUGGACCCCACCGUCCUCGCCGAUGUCAGUAUCUCCUAUCCUGCCGCAUUUAUCACCCUGCUUUUUGCAGCGCAGAACGAGCAGUAGCAGCAUCAGCAGCGUAGGCAGCAUUGGUAGCACAAACACAUCCACUACCAUGGGAUCGCGCUUUUCUCAUUCGGCCUUCUCUGUCCAUCAAAAAUCCGCCCCUGAAGAUAACGUUGCACUCCCGCCAAUGCAAUCAUUGCUGUCUGGUAUGCCGUCGCCGGUCUUGCAUCCCACACCCCGUCGAUCGCCCUCGAUCAACUAUGCUCCUCACACCAAGGUUUUGGAUGAAUUCGUAGGCUUUGUUCUGAAGAAUGCGGACCCAUAUCCAACCGCCUAA